GGCUCCUUUUAAUCGUAAAUCGCAAUUAAGCUUAUCCGGACCAUAAUUAGCGAGGACAGCGCCCCCUUUUCUACGUUUGAAGUUUUGCAGUAAAAGCUGAGGGUUGUUUGUGUUGGGUACAGAAAUUACUGAUAUUUAACACUUCACAUUUCCCUCCACUAGACCAUCUCCCUGCACAUGGCAGAAGCAGAGUGUGAGAGAAUGGGAAAUCCAUUGUGUUUAGAUCAUUGGAUCAUUUUCCUCGUUCUGCUUCUUCCUCAUUCUACUUCUUCCCCUGCAUGCUGCUGCAAAGAUCGACGCGUAAUGGAGUAGAGCAAGUAGUAGCGGCAGCCGCAGCUGCAGAAUUGUAGCGUUUUCUCUGCAGAUGGGCAAGGCUGGCAGGUGGCUCAGAAGCUUCCUCACCGGCAAGAAGGCCAGGGACAAGGGGACAGACGACGGCCUGCCGGCGCCGGCCAAAGAGAAGAGACGCUGGAGCUUCCGGCGUCCGGCGGCGUCGGUGAGCGCCAGGGACACGAUCAGCGCCACGUCCGGCUGCCAAGGCAAGGGCCAGCUCGCGUCCACGUCGUCGCACUGCUUCUCGGAGGUGCAUGCGGUGACGGUGCAGGACCAGCAUGCCGUCGGUGCUGCUGCGCCGCACGAGGUCGCGAUCACCGCGGCCAAGGCGCCGCCGGAGGGCAGCACCUGUGACGCCGAGGAAGCCGCGGCCGUCAAGAUUCAGUCCGCCUUCCGAUCGUAUCUGGCGAGGACGGCACUGUGCGCGCUGCGAGGGAUGGUGAAGCUGCAGGCCAUCGUGAGGGGCCAGCUGCAUAAAUGUGUAGCCUACCAACCUGCCUGUUUACGCUCUUACGAUACGAUCUGCUACGAUACGAUCGGGACAGCGGUCGCCCACGCUGCGCUCCGCUGCGGCAUGAAGUUCAACCCGACGCCCGCGGUGGCCACCGGCUUCUACCUCCGGCGCUGGGUCCUCCGGCAGCAGCUGCCGGACACAGCCCGCGUCAUCCGCGAGGCGAGGGUUUACGAUUCGGAGCCCAAGGACCUCGCCGCCGUGUUCCCUCGGCUUCCCGGAACCCAUGACCGCUUCUUCUUCACCACGUGCAAGCGCCAGAAAGCGGGGCGCGGCUACAGGAUCUCGCGCACCGCCGGCUCCGGCGCUGGCGGAUGGGCCUCGAACGGCAAGAAGGCGGUCCAGAAUGACGCCGGCGAGACGAUCGGCUUCCUCGACACCCUUCGCUACUCGUACAAGGACAAGAACAAAGAGUCCGAUUGGUUGAUGGAGGAGUACCACAUCUGCGGCCUGGACCAGUUCGCCGUCGACGACAAGGGGGAGGAGCGCGUCCUCUGCAAGAUCUACGUCUCGCCCGGUUCGAAGCAGGGGUCCGUCACGCGCCAGCAAUCUGAAGCAGGGGAUCAUCUUCUUGUUGAACGUGGAGUCGCCGGAGCACACGCCGCAAUGGUCGUGCAGCCGCAACCGCCGCGUCCACAUGAACCACGGCAGCCGCGGGUGAACAAGAAACCAGCGUUCCCGCGUCCGCAAGAAGCCAGGAAGCCGCAGGUGAUCCAGAAGCCACCGCCGCCGCGUGCCCUUGAUAAACGUCGCGUGCCCACGCCCACGCAGCAGGCGCCAAAGAGGCGGGCGCCUCCCAUCGCCGAGCCGCCGCGCCCCAAGCGGAUCCGCGCUGCUGCUGCUGUGCCCGCGUCCGCAGCACUGUCGGCUGUCAACGUGGCAGUUCAACAAGCCAUCGGUGGGUGGAACUCUCCGAAGCGACCGUCCUGGAAUCCUUCGGAGCCGCCGGCUUUCCUGUCGGCGCCGCCGCCUCAGCGCCACGCGACAAUAAGCCCUCGUAAAUCACAUCCCGCGCUGACCAAGGACAUGGACGACUUCGCGAGGUCACUGGAGGUCGAUCUUGAAAUGGCAGAGGACCAAAGCACCAUCCAGCAAGGAGGCCACCAGAGCACGAGCGGGUCGGAGUCCCAGCCGCCGGAGGUCGACAUGAGCGACUUGUUGAGCUGGUUUGAUGCUGACGCAGAAGAGUUGGCAGAGACAAGGGAACACGUCCAAGAUGAACAAGAAGACCAGCCUGAGCAUGCGAGGUCACUGGAAGGCUUGGUGGCUGACGAGCGAGGAGACGACGUGAUAGCACAAGACCUGUUCAAUGCGCUCAACAGCAUCGGCAAUGGCGAUGAUCUGAUCAGCGACGGUGGAGACACGGACGAUUGGCUCAGCCUGCCUCUUUCAGCCUACAAUGGCAUCAUGUACUAAGUACAGUAGCUCAAGGAACGGAGACUCUAAUUUGCUCCUCUGUACGUACGUAUCUCAAAAUUUGUCAAACUGAUGAUACCUCGUACAUUGUUGUGGCAAUCAUAUCUCAAUGAGUUUUGGUUGUAUGAAAAUGGAUAUCUUGAUUAAUAAUAUAUUCACUAGAACUGCAAAUGCAUAUUAUAUAUUGUGUAGUUCCAAAAUAUUUGUUGAAU